AUGCGGGGAUGGAGUCCCGGUGAUCUAUUUGACGACUGCAGGAGAGGAGGAGGAGGAAGGCAAGGCGUUGGUGGCUCACGCGCGGAGGGCGUUCCGGUGAUCGACCUGACGGAGGAGGGCAGCGAUGAGGAGUGGGAGCAGAAGGUCAAGUGGGUGGGGCAGUACUCGUCGACCCAGAGCAUCCUACUCGUCGGCGACGGCGACUUCUCCUUCUCCUUGGCGCUCGCCGCAGGGUUCGGCUCGGGCGCCAACAUCGUCGCCACUUCUCUCGACUGCUACGACACCCUGAAGCAGAAGUACAGCGGAGCAGAAUCCAGUUUGGGGGAUCUGAAAAAAAUGGGGGCAGUAACUUUGCAUGGAAUCAAUGCGAUGAUGAAGCUUCAUACCAAUCUCAAGAUGAGGCGGUUUGAUAGGGUUGUUUUCAACUUCCCCCAUGCUGGGUUCAAGGGGAAAGAAGACCAACCACAUAUGAUCAACUCACAUAGGGGCCUGGUGAAAGACUUCUUCCGCAGUGCAAGCCUCCUGCUUCGACCAGAUGGGGAAGUUCAUGUCAGCCAUAAGACGAAGCACCCAUACAAAAAAUGGAACCUUGAAGGACUCGCUUCAGAGUUCGCUCUAUUUCUUGUCGAGCAAGUUGACUUUCACAUUGAGGAUUAUCCUGGAUACAACAACAAAAGAGGGGACGGGCUGCACAGUGAUCAGCCUUUUCUGCUAGGCAAGUGCAGCACUUUCAAGUUCAGGAUCGGAGACAUUAAGAAGAUGAAAAGGGUUGCAUCCCCCAGCCGACCAGCGAUACUGCAGGUGCUAUUCCUUGGGGUCAUCCUUGGCAUCCUUGGACUUGGGGCAGCUCUUGGUGAAGCUGUACAACUGCUCUAG